CUAAAGUCACCUGAGACACACUCUAGUUUUAAGAAAACCCAAUCAGAGUCAGAAUGUCUUGGGCAGCGUACGUCCAAAACCUGAUGGAUGAGAACGUGCAGGAUGCCGCAAUCGUCGGUCACGAGGCUGGCUCCGAAUCGAUUUGGGCGUCGCAUCCAGGAGGACAGUUUGCCAAAAUUACGCCCUCUGAAAUUAAGGCGUUGAUGGCUUCUGACCGCACUUCCAUGUUUACAGCAGGAGUGACUCUGGCAGGAGCUAAAUGCACUGUUCUUAGGGAUAAUUUCCACAUUGACAACACCAUGGACCUGCGUACCAAGGCCACUGAGCAGGAUUCUAACACAUACAACAUCUCCAUUGGCAAGUCUUUGAAAGCUCUAGUGUUUGUGAAAGGAGUAAAGGAUGCACAUGGUGGGAAGCUGAACCCAAAGGUACAUAAGAUAGCCGAGUACCUUAGGAGUACCAAUUACUGAGCUGGGUCUUGCUGUACCGCAAUGAAGUGUAUCAAUUAUUUGGCUUAAUCAAUGGUACUCAGUGUUUCAUCUCAUUCCCGCUGGAUCUGUGGUACUUACAGAUCAAGUUAACCCACCCCCCCUCAACCCACCAUCCCCAUUUACAUUUUUGUGAAUUUGUUUUUGGAUUUUUAAAAAUAUUUUAUUUUGAAAUCAUGUUGAACAAGCUUGUGAUUUACAGUUAACAAUUAGAU